AUGACAGAAGUUCAUAAAAGUUUAGCACCAAAAAUUUCGCUAAAAGUAAGUUAAUUCAUUUUUAACCGUUAACUUUGCGUUUCGUAAUCCCAUGUUUUUUAAUAAUGUAGCUAGCCUAAAUAUUUUUUUUUGACUUUUAAAAAACUAAUCAUUAUAGUACAGUGUAUUAGUUGCUGUUUCCAACAUAUUGUAGUCGUUGCAGUUUUUGGACAUCGAUGUUGAUAAAGCCGAAUUCGCGCAGAAGCUAGUUUUGGAGUAUCACGCCAAACAAAUGGGUCAAAAUCUUAGUCCAGCACUACUGGCUAAAGAAUUGAAACAAGCGUUUGAUCGGCGUUACGGAGUUACGUGGCACUGUGCUGUGGGAAACUCAUUCGGAUCGUCGAUUGCGCAUGAAAACAAUCAAUUCAUCUUCUUCCACGUCGAUGCAAUGGCUAUCAUGCUUUUUAAAACGAGUUCUUGA